CAUAGCUGAACAGUUCUUUUAUUCGGUGAAAAGAGUUUUUCAGUGAUUUUGGUGAGCCAUAGGGAACAUUUGAGUAGAUCUGCCAGUAAAAGGGUGACUAUAGAACGGGAGAAGAAGUAUAUUCAUUGUGUAUCUGGCGUUCAACAUUUGUCGUAGUUUUUUCAAAAUGUUUGCCUUGUGGUAUGGAACUAUUACUUACCGACAGUACAGAAAAGCCAUCAUGGUUGACGCCGCAGUUUUGGAAAAACUUGAAAGUGGAUUCGCUAAACUCAAGGAAUCUAACUCAAAAUCCCUCUUGAAAAAACAUCUAACCCAAGACAUUUUUGACAAUCUCAAGACUAAAAAGACUCCCUCAUUCGGUUCCACACUUCUUGAUGUCAUUCAAUCCGGCCUGGAAAACCAUGAUUCUGGAGUAGGUAUUUACGCCCCCGAUGCUGAAGCUUACACCGUUUUUGCUGACCUCUUUGACCCCAUCAUCGAAGACUACCAUGGUGGAUUCAAAAAGACCGACAAGCAUCCUCCCAAGAACUGGGGUGAUGUAAGCGUUUUUGGUGAUCUCGAUCCUACUGGCGAAUAUGUAGUAUCCACCCGUGUCAGAUGCGGACGCUCCAUGGAAGGAUACCCAUUCAACCCAUGUUUAACUGAAGAACAAUACAAAGAAAUGGAACAAAAAGUUUCCAGUACUCUUUCUGGACUUGAAGGUGAGUUGAAAGGUACCUUCUACCCAUUGACUGGCAUGAGUAAAGAAGUUCAACAAAAACUCAUCGAUGAUCACUUCUUGUUCAAAGAAGGUGAUCGUUUCUUGCAAGCUGCUAACGCUUGCAGAUUUUGGCCUUCUGGACGUGGUAUCUACCACAAUGAUGCCAAAACAUUCUUAGUUUGGUGCAACGAAGAAGAUCACCUUCGUAUUAUCUCAAUGCAAAUGGGAGGAGACUUGGGAACUGUUUAUAGACGUCUCGUAACUGCGGUAAAUGAUAUUGAAAAGAGAAUUCCUUUCUCUCACAAUGACAGGCUUGGUUUCCUCACUUUCUGCCCAACUAACUUGGGAACAACUGUUCGCGCUUCUGUCCAUAUCAAGGUACCAAAAUUGGCCGCUAACAAAACCAAGCUUGAAGAACUUGCUUCAAAAUACAACCUCCAAGUUCGUGGUACCCGUGGUGAACACACAGAAGCUGAGGGAGGUGUCUACGAUAUCUCAAACAAGAGACGUAUGGGUCUUACAGAAUUUGAUGCCGUCAAAGAAAUGUACGACGGUAUCCAAGAAAUCAUUAAAAUUGAGAAAGAAUUGUAGACUUCCUAACGAUUCGUGAUUUCAAAAUAAUUGUAAGCAAUGAUAUAUAUAUAUAUAUAUAUAUAUAUAUAUAUAUAUAUAUAUAUAUAUAUCGUUGUCCAGUUGUAUUUUCUAAAGUAUCUCGUUUGCCAAAGGUGUCAUCAGAGAUUGCUUUUAAAAUGCUCUAUUAAGUUUUUGAAAUAUUAAGAUAUUGAUAUAUCUAAAACAGCUUCAUUCUAGUCGUCGAUACUUUUUUAAAUAGAUUAUUUGGUAAUAAAAAUGUCAAACAGUGAAUUUUCUCCUUAUUUUUCAUAAUUUAUUUUUAUUUUGACUCUGAAAAUAUAAGUAUUAUUUUAAAAA